AGGAAGGAGCCUUCAAGGAGCGCAAGGAGCGCAAGGACGAGACCCAACUAUAAUCCACUCAUAUCCACGCGCUCAGGGCGCAUUGCAAAGCUAACCCCCGCGUGUUUUAUUGAACCAUGGAAACAAUUGAGAUGAGUGUUCCAUACUUUCCAGCUGCGUGACUUGUAACUGGCCAAUGCUACCUCCUCGGCCUCAAAGUACCGCUAUGGAUUUUCCAAGAUCCACCCAAAUCCACUACCUACUCGAUAGGGAUGAGGAGUCCAGCCCGAAUGGGAGCCCGGAUGAGCAACCAGGGAGCCAUUCCUCAAACUACUUGAAUGAUGGCACCCUCACGGUUUUGGAAACUUCACGGCAUCAUCACCAUCAUCAGCCUGGUUGACGCUUGUUUCAUUUUUGCCUCUUUUUCUUGGUCUUUCUCUUUGAUAUCACGAGACGAGACCUUCCUCUCCUUCACAUCUCACCUAAGCCAUGCGUUUCUCCACAAUCGUCCUGGCAAGUGGCCUGGCCACGGUCGCUUAUGGCCAGACUCAGUACACAUCAACCGCAGCAGAAGAUGUGGCAGCUGCGAGAGCCACCGCUCCAACCUUGAGCCCUACCAGUCAUGUCAAGGGAAAAACAUUCGACCGUUUCGUUCAAAUCUGGUUGGAAAACACCGAUUUCGAAAUGGCAGCAGGAGAUCGUGAGUACUUGCCAUGCCUCGGCCCUCGCUUCUCCACUAAUAUUCCAAUUUUCAGCAUCUAUCCAGUGGAUCGCCAAGCAAGGAAUCACACUCACUAAUUACGAUUCCAUCACACAUCCUUCGCAGCCAAAUUAUGUGGCUUCGGUCGGAGGAGAGCAGCAUGCCCAGGUUAUUCUGGAUUUCUUCUCGAGGAUUAGGUCUUCGGAAAAGACCAUUUGCGAUCUGUUAGAUGACAAGAAAGUAUCAUGGAGCGAGUACCAGCAAGACAUGCCUUAUUCGGGAUUUCAAGGGGAUUUUGUGAACCAAGUCAACGGGGCAAACGCCUAUGUUCGAAAACACAAGUGAGUUUCUUCUCAUAUAAUAUAAAGCAAAGAAAAUACUAAUAUUCUCACCAGCCCUUUGAUCUCUUAUGAUUCCGCCAGCUCAGACGUAGUCAAGCUCUCCAAAAUGAAGAACUUCACCAUGUUCGACCGAGACCUUAAAGACAACAAACUCCCUCAAUGGAUGUUCAUCACCCCCAACAUGACCAACGACGGCCACGACUCCAGUAUCACCGUCGCCGGCGCAUGGGCCAAGGGAUUUCUUGAGCCCCUCCUUAAGAACAAAAACUUCUUGAACAACACCCUAGUUCUCCUCAGUACGUUCUGCCCUUCUAUAUUGACCAUUCCCCACUAACCUUCUUCCAGCCUUUGACGAAGCAGAAAACUACUUUGCAAGAAACCGUGUCUUUUCCGUCUUAUUGGGAGAUGCUGUCCCAAAGGAGCUUCACGGGACGACUGAUGACCAUGCUUAUAGCCAUUACAGCAUCAUGUCAACAGUCGAGAAUAACUGGAACCUGGGAACCCUGGGGAAAAGGGAUAGGAACGCGGCCACUUUUUUUUAA